AAAAUGCAAAGUGUACGUCAUCUCUGAGCGCCUCUUCAAGACCGUCAGCAUGGGCUUAGUCAUGUCCAGGACGUUCGAUCAGAAGACGGAGCUGAAUCGAGCCAUAAAGCGGCUGAAGGAAUUUGGGAUAAUCGAAUUCUUAAGGGCGAAUGACUUGUUCAACGCCACCGAGUGUCUGAAGCCCCUGUCGUCCAGCAUGGCCUCGGGGGACCUCAGGGCGCUGGACAUCGUCGACUUCCUCGGCGUCUGUGCCAUCUAUGCCUCAGGAAUCACUUUGGCCGCCGUAGUGUUCGUCCUGGAGCUCGUGCUUGGCAGAAGGAAGGAAGGGCACGGCAGGGAAGGAGGGAAGGACACGAAGGACGCGAAGGACACGGAGGACGCGAGGAGGACCGCAGUGAAAGACAAAGAAGGCGAACCGAGAGAAUGAGCCAUUGGUGACUGUCGGUGGAUUUUGCGACUCCCAUCUGACCCUCGCAAAUGCUUUGACAUGCACAGAUAGAGAUGAAAAUAGAAAUUGGGCCCUUCAAUGUUAGAAAUGAAACUCGGGAAGAACCAAUAAUGAAUACACUGGAAAACACAACGCAGCAAAACAGUAGUUCCUCAACUUGAAUGAGCCCCAUUUAGGCUUGAAAAAUCCUUCACGUACACGACCCCUUAUCUACGUAUGUACAAUAUAUUCGUACAUACACA